UUUACUUUACAUAACAAAAUACAUUAUUAUUUGUUGUUAAAAAAAUUAAAGUAGAUAUAAAAGAAAGAAAAUAAAAGAAAAAGGGAGAAGACUAGAAAAGAAAAGAAAAGAAAAGGCUGCCAGCCGAUAAGAGAAGAGAAAAGAAAAUCGAAGAAGAAGAAGAAGAAGAAGAAUGACUACUUCUCCCUUUCCGUUGAGGCUUUUCAUGCCCACCACUUCCUCCAUUACUGCUUUCUCAUCUCCUUCUCCUUCUUCCUCUGAUUUUCCUACCAAAUCCUCCUCCGCACCCUUUCACUCUCUUUGCCCUAAUUUCAUUUUAUCUUCUAUUCCACCCAGGAUGAAGUCGCCCCAUCUUUCCCCCUCGAGGACGGUAUCUCCCUCUCUCUCUCUCCGAUAUACAAUACUACAACCAUGGGCUCUCUUUUUCUGUACUGGUAUAGUGGCUAUGCAGGCAUGGUAGAAGAGACAUGGAUUCACAAUAUGAAGAGAAGAAUGAUGUACGCAUGUUUGGUUCUGAUGAAGAGGUUGGCACUCAAACUCAAAUCCCAACCCAAGCGCAAUCAGUUGUUGAAGGAUCAGGCUCAGUUUUAGUAUCAGAAUUCAAACCUGCUCCCGAUGUGGAUUAUCUACAGGAAUUAUUAGCCAUUCAGCAGCAAGGACCUAGAGCUAUUGGAUUUUUUGGAACACGGAAUAUGGGAUUCAUGCACCAAGAACUUAUUGAGAUUCUUAGCUAUGCAAUGGUUAUAACUAAAAAUCACAUAUAUACAUCAGGAGCGUCUGGCACUAAUGCAGCUGUUAUAAGGGGUGCUUUGAGAGCAGAAAAACCUGAGCUACUAACAGUAAUAUUGCCUCAGAGCUUGAAAAAGCAACCGCCUGAGAGCCAGGAAUUAUUGUCCAAAGUGAAGAAUGUUAUAGAGAAGCCUUACAAUGAUCACUUACCCUUGAUUGAAGCCAGCAGAUUAUGCAAUAUGGACAUCAUUUCACAAGUACAGCAAGUGAUUUGCUUUGCCUUUCAUGAUAGUCGACUGCUCAUGGAAACUUGUCAAGAGGCUAAGAAUCUCCGAAAAAUUGUGACUCUAUUCUACCUAGAUUAAUUCCAUAAAUUCUUUUUGUGCAUACAUUAUUAGAGGGAGAAGUGCUUAUUUUUGUCUGUAAAUUAGGUGGGAUGAGGACAAAUUGCCUGGAUUUUUUUGUAGAAUUGAUUUGAUUAUAUUGGCAAGGAACGGGGCCAAUUGCUCCAUACUGCUCCCUCCUUUUGUUACGAGAUUUUAUAUUGUACGUUCCAGUGUGAAAAUGGACAUGCAAUUAUUGCCUGUCUCACACAGAUAAACUCAACUCAGUAAACCCUUUUUUUUGUUCUUUUUAUUUUUUUAAAAAAAUACUUUUCUUUGUGGAA